ACCCAAAAAGCGUAACGUCUAAAAGGUUUGUUUCACUUUUACCAAGUUCUACAUUUGAGUGAUUCACAACUGUAGUGGGCAGGCAGGCAGGCAUCCCACUCGCAGGAACCGCAUCUCUCCCGUCGGCGAAACUGCUCCGGUGCCGGCGACUAUACUUCGAGCAUUCACGCAGCAGCAGCUCCGACACAGGUAAUGGCGAUGGCGCUUGAUUUUGAGACGGAGUUCCCAAGGACCAAUAGUUCUUACCUUUCCCCAGAACAAAGGCAUCAAUUCUUCCAAAAACUGAAGCAGGUUGUUGUAAUUGUAAACACUGAGUUGGUGAAACCUGGGGGUGGAUUUGCUAAGGGACGAAAAUUUGAAAGGCCUGGAAGCUCAAAUACUACUUGUCCAACAGUUCAUCAAGGUGCCGGGGUGGUUUUGGAUGAAAAUGGAACGAUAUUAACAAGUGCAUAUUUAGUUCCGGACAACCUACAGACUAUUCUUGUCCGCCGUGAGGUUGAUGAAGCCUUCUGGGAAGCAAAAUUAGAGGCAAAAAGUCCACAACAUGAUUUAGCUAUUAUUGUGCCAAAGAAGAAUGUGGGUCCAUUUGCUUUUGCUACAUUGGACACAGAAGGGUCAUUUCGGAUAGGAAAGGAAGUACUUUCAAUUUGUCAUGUGGGCAAUCUCUCAUACACAUCAGUGGUUGGUCAGCUUGCAUGUCAGGAUCACAGACUUUUUAGGGAUGUGGGGGAUGACAAAGAUAUCGCUCCUUUAAGGUCAGAAAAGCUCAACCGUGAUUUGAAACUUCUACAAAUCAACAACUGUCACGGAUCGCCAAGUGCAUCGGGUGCCCCGGUGUUUAGUUCAAGUGGACGAGUCAUUGGACUUUCUUCUUUUGUCUUGAAUAAAUUCGACUUUGCUGUGCAUUUAACGAUUUUGGAACGGUUCUACAAUUCUUAUCAAGAGAGAGAAGGAAAUGAAAGGGGAGAGUCUCACAGGAAAUGACUCGGCACCUUGGCUCUUUCUUAGAUGCUUUCUUAACUGUAAUUCAUCUGUAGUUACUUGCAAAUGUUGUAUUCCGAGGAGUUUUUAAUGCCGGUUGUUAGUUUGUCAAUCGUUUUAUCUUGUUACGGUAAUCCUAGUCCUGUUUUGUAAGCUUUGUCAUAGUUGAGUGUAGACUUGUAUUGGGGUUUGGUUAUGUGUUCCAAUGUUUUUGUUGUCUGGUCAUGUACCUCAUGACUCGGGUUGGGAUGUAAGAUGAAACUAUCCAAUGUAGUAUUUUCAUUUCAUAUAUUUAUAGGAGUAAUUUUCUUGCGAA